ACAAACAUAUAUAUACAUAUGUAUAUUUAUUUAUAUCAUAUCCACAUAUAAAGAAUUUCAUAAAAAAGAAGUUGGGGUAUCCGAGCUAUGCAUAUAUUUAUUUUCUUAGUUAAUCAGUAAUUAUAUUUAAUUAUAAUUACGAGUUGGAAUAUCUGAUACAAAUAUUUUUUUAACUGACGUCACGUGUUUUUGUGAUAAUUCGAAGAGCAGUUUAAAUUUUUUUGUUUUUGUCAAUAAAAAUUGCGGUAAAAAUUAAGGGCCUAGUAAUUAACCAGGACCUAGUUCCUGAACUUUUUUUAAAUUUAUUUUAUUUUUUUUUUAAAUUGAUACUGGUAUCAAGUGACAGCUUUAAAAUAAAUGAUAAUUAUCAAAAUUGAAUUAAUUAUUUAAAAAAUGUGUCUGUUUAUGUGCAAUUCAAAACUGAUAUUAGUUUAAAUACCAAGUAAUUAAUAAUGUUGAUUACAGAAUCCAACAUCUUGAAUUGCAUAAAUAUAUAGAUAUUCUUUUUAUAUUAAUGGAUCACAGCUACAAGCCCGAGUAUGGAGUCAACUUACGACGAGAAUUUAUCAGAAAAUAUAUUUUUGCGUUCACUUGAAACAAAUUACAGUGAAAUAUUUAAAAAAACAGUCGACAACAACUGGAUAAUUUGCGUACCACGUACAGGCAGUUUUAAAAAUAAUUAUAUUGUAACUGAGACUGAUGUGUCAGGACAUGUGCUGAUGCCUCAGAGUCAGGAUGACGACUUCGAUCAUCAACAGACAUUUAAAACAAUCACCGGUAAUAAAAUAUUGUUAAUAAACCGUCAUCUGAGUUUCAAAGACCACGAGUUCAAUAACAAAACGUCUAGGUUGCUUUUUGAGGAAACAUUUUACACGGAUAAUUUAUUAAAGUAUACAGUUUGGUGCAUUGAACGACCGCUGACACCUGGAUCACUGGAUCUAGACAAUGAUGUUGUGGUUUUAUCAAACGUCGGUGACUGUAUGAAUUUUUUAUGGACAGAAGUUGAUGAUAAAAAUUUAUUUCGUGACUUGGAUUACUUGAUUGAGUCGUUUGAAAAUUUGCAUAAAAACAAUUUUUACAAAAAUAGUAUAGAAGCACAGCGACAACUGAUUGAAAAAUUGUAUCACGAGUGUUUGGAUAAAAUAAUAAACACAACAAAAUUACAUGAAAAAAUAACAAGUCCGCAUUAUUGUCGUACUAUUAAAUUAGCCGUUGAAAGUUACGUUUUGUAUGGGUUACGUAAUCUAUUACCGGGUGCUGUGUCAACGACUACGUCUCAAGACGACGCGAAAUUAAAUAAAAUAAUAAAAAAUCUUUAUAAAUUGGAACUGAAGGAUCUAACAGACAUUCGUCAUGAUAUACAGUCAGGAAUAGCACGUGGUAAAAUUGAAUUAUCACGGUUGGAUACAUUUGUCACGGUGCUUGGUAAAGUCGGAUGUUUGAAACGCGCAGUACACAAUAUAUCAGAAAAUUAUACAAUAAGUUCUGAUGAUUUAUUGCCAAUACUCAUUUACAUUGUUGUCCGUACCGGUUUACCCAAUUGGAUUGCGCAGUUGGAAUUUAUGAAACAAUUGAGAUUUUCAGCUGAUGCGUCAAAUGAAUCUGAUGAAGUUGGAUUCCUCAUAACAACUUUAGAAGCCGCUGUGGAACACAUAAGAUCUGGUGAACUGUCUGUGGAAAAUCAAAAAAUUUCUCUAGUCAAAUCUCUAGAUGACACACCAUCGUCAUCGCAAGAUAAAUCAACCGCUGCGACAGUAAAUGAAUUUUUUACCGCCGUUCAAAAGUGCGAUUUGGAUAAAAUCGAGAUAAUUUUAAAUCAAAAGAAACAAAAGCCAACAUUAGAAUCAAAACUCUGCCACCCAUUGUGUCGGUGCGAGAAGUGCGAGUCCAGUUUCACUGAAAUUCAAUUGGCGCAGUCUAGUAGGCCGAGCAUUAACUCCAAGGACGACAGUGGCAGAACAGCACUUCAUAUUGCCAGCUUGUGCGGACACGUGGCAGUAGUUGACUUUUUGUUGAUACACCACGCAGAUCCAAAUGAUGUGGACGCCGAAGGUGUCACUCCACUUCACUGUGCAGCAAUGCGAGGUCACCAAAAUACUGUUUUGCUUCUGCUGCAUGCCAACGCGGAUCCAAGAAUACCUGACAAUCGAGGAAAUAGUCCACUGCACUUGGCAACAGACAGCGGACACGAGGGCUGUGUUAAAGCACUGCUUUAUUUUUCUGAACAAAUGGGAGUGUCAAUAAAUACGAGCUGCACUAAUAAUGUUGGAGAUACUCCACUGCAUUAUGCUUCCAAAUGGGGCUACAUGACCAUCGUUGAAAUUUUACUAGAGCAUGGAGCUAAGAAACGCGUCGCUAAUCGACGUGGCCAGACGCCCUUGACUAUUGCGCAUAAUAGUCACAUACUGCGACGUCUUGAAGAACAUCCAGAUACCGUGGAAACGGUUCGCCGGGUUAGGAAUCGCCGCAGUCACCAACAAUCUCAUGAAUUAAAGUCUAAAAUUAUACAUAACAAAAAUACUUCAGUAUGUGAAGAGGCGCCAGAUAAAAUUCAAAAAGUUGACAAGCUAUUGGCUGCAAUCUGCAGCGGGGAUAUUAGACUAGCUUGCUACUAUCUGGGACUUGAAGGUCCACCAGUAAAACCCGCUGAUGAAAAUCCACGUCUCUGCCAUCCUCUUUGCGUUUGUGAAAAGUGCGCGCCUUUGGAAGAAGCAGCAGAUCAAGACAACCGGACGAUAGCCUUAGGAUUAAAUGUCUCGAAUGCUCGAGGAGAGACAGCUCUCCAUUACGCCAGUGCUAUUGGUCUCGUUGAAUUGGUUCAGAUUUUACUUGACGCGGGAGCUAACGUAAACUCCCGAACGACAAACAAAAAUCGUACGCCUCUUCACAUCGCCUGUCUCUACAGUCAAAUUCAAGUUGUAAAAUUGCUGUUGAAUUGCUGUACAAUUGACAUCAAUGUAAGUGAUUACACCGGUGAUACGCCAUUACAUCUAGCUGCCAAAAACGGUGACUCAAAUAUCGCCGAACUGCUGCUGCGACAUGGUGCAGAUAUUAAUUGUCGUAAUUUCAAAGGCGCGACUGCUCUCGACGAAGUCCAAGAUGUUUUUUGUAUGAAAAUUUUAACAUCACACAGUGCAAUUGAUAAGACUAGUUGUCAUAUUGACGAUAUUUUGUAAAUUUACAUUUGUUUUUUUAAAUUGUUUUUAUUUUAUAGUAAUAGAAUAUCAUAAACUCACGUCACAGUUCAUAAAUCGUGUAAAUAUUAUAUUUACAA